AUGAUUCGCCCAAAAGAAGGGGACGAGGCUCUUGCAGUGCCUGCCAUUCUAUCAGAAGUCCGUCUCCAGAGCAUCGUCAUCCUCGUAGUAGCCGUCAUGUCUCUGGCCGGCGCAGGCUGGAUCAUGGCCAGCUACGCCGUGUUUCCCAAUCUCCGCUCGUUUCGCCACCGUCUGAUCACUGGCCUUGCCAUCAGUGACGCUUUCAUGGCGCUGAACUUUCUAUGCUCGACGGCCAUGAAUGUUGGCGGCAAUGGAAUCGCUGCCCCUGAAAAUACCGCCUUCUGCAGUUUCAACGGCUUCGUGACACAGGUUUUUGUCAUUCAGACUGACUACUGGGUCCUCGCCAUCGCCGUCUGCACCUACUUCAUCUUGGCCGGCCACAAGACCCAAUCCACCUGGAUACAGGACCACGAACUCGUCAUCUGGGCAUUACCUUGGCUCUUCUCGGUUCUCUGGGCUUCCAUAGGCCUCGGAGUUAUCGGCUACGAGAACAUCGGUGCUUGGUGCUGGUUCAAGUCGGACACCGUUCGCUUACUCGUCAAUUUCAUUCCUCGGUGUAAGCCCACGAUCUAUUUUCGGGUGACUUUGAUCCAGCCGAGAGGGCUGACUUCCGUUCCAGGGGUCAUCAUAGUCACUAUGUUUGCACUAUAUGCAUACCUGUCAUAUGUUCUCUACAAAGCCCAUACUCGACUGAGCUCGGUUCAGGACGCUUCUCCGCGCCACCUUGAGUCCGGAAUUACAACCCAGGAGGGCAGUCGUGUGACGAGCAUCCACGAAGGGGUUGCGCGGCUCAUGCUUCUGUACCCCCUCGCGUAUGCAAUCAUCUGGUCGUUGCCGACCGCAAUACGGAUUUACCAGGCGACAGAAAACAAACCGGCAGCGUUCGCACUGCAGACCAUCGACAAGGCCAGCAUCGUUAUUCAAGGGUUCGUGGACACUGUCAUCUACGGCGUGAACGAGACGACCCUCACAAGUUGGCGCGCGCGUUUUUCCCGUCAGCGGUAUCCAGCCACCCAUGCCAUGAACACCCGCGGUGGAAACGACCUGGCACCAGACGCAACCAGAGAGCGAGAGUGGUCGUUUCGACAACGGGUUAGAGGAUCACCCGACGACACGACUGCCGUACGUUCGACGGUAUCCGUAGGACUGGAGGGAGACGGUGCUUCUUCCAGUUCGAUGGAGCCCAGAGACUUGAGGGCGUAG